UUCGCGCAACUCCGAGGGCCUUUUCGUGGCGCGCUCUUCUAUAUCCCCCAAAGGCGCCUCAUCGCUCCCGACCCCUAAACCUUCCGGUUUCUGUACAUAUACGAAACAACGCAUAUUAGCGAAAAAGAAACUAAACCUCUUCGUUUUGUGUUAAUACAUACGAAUUAAGAAGAGGGAGAUUGCAUAAAUAUAUAAAGAGAGAUCUCUCUCUCUCUCUACAUAUAGAGGUGAGUUUAAGGUGGAGAGGAGAGAUAUAUACAUAUAUAAAGAGAGAGAGACAGAGCAGAGAGAGGGAUGGGUUAUUGGCAAACUAAGGUCCUUCCACAGCUCAGGAAGGUUUUCGACAAGAGCGGCAAAAAAGCCGCGGCUUCUGAGUUCGUCAAAUCUUUCGAUAAGGAGGAGGUUAACAAGGAGUUGGAGGAGAAGAAGAGUGAGCUCGGGCCCAAAGUUUUGGAGAUCUAUGAAGCUGCUCCUGCUGAGAUCAAGGCUUUGGUGAAAGCGCCCAAAGAGAGUGGAGUUAAGAAAAACGCCGCCGCAGUGACUAAGUUCCUCGAUGAAUUAGUUAAAAUCG